AUGGAGCAGAGGAUGUUGUGGCCGGCGGCGCCCAGCACCAGUUGCGCGUGCCCUUUGGCAGGGCGACCUCACCCAGCGGAGCCAGGCCGUGGCGCGGUCGCGGCGGCGGGGCUGACGCUCCAGCUAGCCCGCGGCGUGAUGGAGGCGGCGCGGCCCCUCCCGCAAGCCAGCAGCGUAGCAGAGGAGGCGCAGCGGCGGCGGCUCCCGGCGCACAGGCCACAGGGCAGCUGUGGGGGCAUGUUCUUGGAUCCGGAAUCCACGGCGAUUCCCCUCCGCCUGCUAUCUCCUAGUACUCACCCUCGUUCUCCUCGUCGUCUCCACCGCCGCCCCAUCUCAGACAACGAGAUCCGGCAGAAGAAAGAGGCCUGCUACACCGACGUCGAGAACGGGCUGUGGGGCUGGGUGUGCAGGUCCUCGCCGACGGAGAAGGAGAACUGCGUGCUGCGCUGCCUCUCGCCGGAGUGCUACGACCUCAUAUACGGCGGCGAUCCACUUGAGGAAGGGGAGUUGGACUAUGCUCGAGGCCAGGAGUACAAGUACUGUAUGCACAAGUAA